AUGGGUAGGCCUCCGAGUAACGGAGGCCCUGCCUUCCGCUUCACGCAGUCUGAGGUUUCGGAGAUGGAAGCUAUUCUGCAACAGCACAAUAACACAAUGCCAGCACGUGAAGUUCUUGUGGCCCUUGCGGAUAAGUUCAGUGAAUCGGCAGAGCGGAAGGGCAAGAUUGCAGUACAAAUGAAGCAAGUUUGGAAUUGGUUCCAAAAUAGGCGAUAUGCUAUUAGGGCAAAAUCAAGUAAGGUUCUUGGGAAGUUAAAUGUGUCACCUAUGUCUCGGGAUGAUUCAAAUCCAGUGAGAAAUGUUCCUCAAGGCCCUCAACCUAUAGCUGCUCCUAUACAUGCUCCUUCAGCUCAAGGUUCCGGAAAGGGUGCUUCUGAAAAUUCUAUUUUUGAGUUUGAAGCUAAAUCUGGGAGGGAUGGUGCAUGGUAUGAUGUUGCUAACUUUUUAUCUCAUAGAUACUUGGAGACUGGUGAUCCGGAAGUACUGGUUCGGUUUGCUGGGUUUGGACCAGAGGAGGAUGAAUGGGUCAAUGUACGGAAGCAUGUCAGGCAGCGCUCCCUGCCAUGUGAAUCAUCAGAGUGUGUUGCAGUUCUCCCAGGGGAUCUCAUACUAUGUUUUCAGGAAGGUAAAGAGCAGGCUUUGUACUUUGAUGCCCAUGUCCUUGAUGCUCAAAGACGAAGACAUGAUGUAAGAGGAUGUCGUUGUAGGUUUUUGGUGCGCUAUGUUCAUGAUCAAUCCGAGGAAAUUGUUCCACUAAGGAAGGUCUGCCGUCGUCCUGAAACAGAUUACAGGUUGCAACAACUUCAUGCUGUGAAUGAGGCGGCAUCAGCAGAGCAGAAAAGUACGGAUCAUUUUAUGGGGUCUGUUACUUCUGCUGAAAUGAUGCAAAAGCAGCAGAAUACAGAUGCAGCAUCGGCGCCCCCAGUUUUGCACGCUAAUGCUUCUUUAGCUACCCAAUCUACGACUCCAGAAUUGAAAAGAUCUGAAGUCAGCACUGUUAUUAGUUCAGGGAAUUCUAAUUUUCCUCCAGGUAGUGCUGUAAUCACAAGCGGCACUGCUACAGUUGUCGUUCCUGGUGGCUCUGUCGAGAACAUGCCAUAA